UGGAUGGAGCCUGUGAGGGGGAGGAGUUAGUUUCUAUGGGGAUACACAGCUUCACAGUACCCUAAUAUAACUGCGAGGUACUGCAUAAGUGUAGUAAUAAUUCAAAACUCCGUAUCUGCGCGCUGCACAGUCUAGUUUUACCGACCGACACUGCACAUCUACACAGCCCUGCAGCCACAAUGAACGAUAAAAGCGCACAUCGGUCUUUAACUGUGGCUUAUAUCAUAAAGUCUGGUAAGCUGUGUGCAGACUCAUGAUUCAUGCAAGACGUUUUAAGAAAGUGUCAUCUGUCUCCUGUCUGGAAAUAAUUCUCGGAACUGCGACUCAGUGUUACUGACAAGACACAAAGGCUGAUAUUUUUUUGGAAAUCAGGCGAUGGUGCAGAAAUUGGAGAUAAAUCAUGGCAGAGACGACAGGGAAUGAAGGAAUCCACAAAUUGGCCAGUGAGAUCCAGAGGCCGGGUCUACAGCCACAGCAGGACACAGAUCGGAGGGGAAUAGUGAUCCAGCUGACGGACACUGAGGGUGAAUGGGACAAUCUUGAUGACAGUGACCUCAUUUUCACCUUGGACCGUGAUGGCAAAAAGUCUCUCAGCUCCCUCCGUAACCAAAGACCAUGUUCGGUCGACAUUCAGACAGAGGGGGAGUGGGGUCUCAGCUCACCUGCAUUCAACGUUCCUCGCUGUCAAGCUUCAUCAGGCUCCCUGGGAGACUCUUUUCUUCCGGGGUCUGGCUUUCUCUCGCCUACUCACCGGCCCCUGGCCAGCUUAGUGAAGUCAUUAUCUACAGAACUGGAAUUGAAAGAGUCUUCUUUAAAGCCCAAACCACUCCUCAGCCUUGUAAAGUCGAUCUCCACAGAGCUUUCUCGCAGUGAGCCUGAAGUGUCUCAAUCCAGGUCUGAUUCCAAGCUCAAUCUACACUUGUUUACGCAAUUCACUCAGCCCAAAGGCCGCAAUGGCGACUCCCGCACUGCCCCUCCAUCUCCAGUCAACCUGUCCCCCACUGAGCCCAAAGCCAGCUUCUUCAAAAUGGAGCUGGAGGACACCAGACGCAAGCUCACAGAAGCCAUGCAGGAACCUCUGAGCAUGUUCAGUAAGAUCAUGCGUGAGGACAGUGUUGGCAGCCCCAAGCACCAGAGGAGCACAGGAUCGAUGGACUCUCCAAGCUACAAAAGCUUUGGAAUUGGGAAAUCGUACACUGAUUUGACUGCAUCCGAAUCUCCUAAAACUGCUAGGAAAGUAGAAAGUAAGUUUCUACCAGAGUGCAACUGGCCUGUGAGACAUCGUAAACGGUGUGUGCAGAAAUCCUCCCUCUCCCAUGACCACCACAGCAGAGAGAUAGACAUUGGGCCAGUGAUGGAGACCAGCACUCACGGCAACUCGUCCCAGAGCACAAAUAUGAACAGAACUGAAGGUUUGCCAGAAGAUGUGACAAAGCAAUGCUCCUCUCCAGUGCCAGGCGUGGGUCUUGGUUAUGUUGCGUUAGUAUCAUACUGCUAUUUUAUCAUUCCUUUGUCAGCGUAUUGGUCUGGCCUGUUCCUUGGUUUAGUGUUUGGAUUAAUGUUGGGGCUUGUGCUGAUCCGUUGGGGCUCCAUCAGACACCUGUCAACCAGUCACCCACAAAGACUACACGGGACCCCCUAUAAUAACAUUCUCUUUGAAACCCAACAGAGCAAUGUUCCUUCUCUCAAGGGCUGGAUGAACGAGAUGUACACAUAUGAUCCAGAGACUUACCACUCAUCCCUCAUGCACUCUGUGUAUGUCACAUUGGACGGAUCCUGUUUGCGGCUUGACUACCCACGUAACAACAUUCCCCGCUGGGCUGCCUUUGAUGAGCCCUGCUACGAAAAGCAAUUCACCCACUCACGGAUAUUUCGACUCACUGGCGGCAAGGUAUUUCUUCUGCCACUGGCUUUGGCACACAAGAGAGUGUGGAACAAGAAGUAUCCUAUCUGCAUAAGUUUGGCUGAAGGAGAAAGAGCUGUGGAGGAAGACGAGACAGUAGGGGGUCAGGGGGAGGCUCAGAAAGUAGAGAAACCCCCUGGCUCUAUGACUAAUGUUUCCCAUCCUGUCACGCUUUACCUCUUUGGACGAACGGGACGGGAGAAAGAGGAAUGGUUCCAUCGACUGUUUUCUGUGUCCAUUCACUGUGAAGAGGACCAUUUUGAAUCUAUAUUUGGUGAUAAAUCUGUAUUGCAUGAGGAGAGCCCUCUGGGUCUGGCAAAUGGUGUUGAAGGCUCAGUCAAGGACAGCAGUGAAGACGUGUUCCAUAGUGAUCUGGUUGGCAAAGUAAAGGAGAACAUUUUACCAGACUAUACUUCCUACAUGACCAGUCUCGUCUUCUCAGCACACGCCAGUCCUGUUCAAAGCCCCUGCCAAAGCAGCACCCAGGGCAGUCCUACUGACAAAGAGCAGGACCAGAACUUUUGUUGCAGUGAGGAAGAAACAAAGCCUGUCUGGUUGAAUGCACUAAUUGGUCGAAUCUUUUGGGACUUCCUCCAUGAGAAGUACUGGGCUGAUAAAGUCCAACAGAAGAUACAGCAAAAGCUGAGCAAAAUUCGGUUGCCUUACUUCAUGGAUGAACUGACCCUCACCGAACUGGCCAUGGGCUCCAGCAUGCCCCAGAUAACAGGCACAUCACUACCACAGGUCAACAGCAGAGGCCUAUGGUUGCAUUUGGAGGUGGAGUACACAGGAGCACUACAGAUGACUCUAGAGACCAAAAUCAACCUCUCCAAACUUGGGAAGGAGGGAGUCCUUGAGGCAGAGACAGAGGUGGAGACCAUCAAUGUGUAUAGCAGGUCCAGGCUCUCUGUGCUGGCUGACAGUGAUGAGGAAUCCUCAAGUGCUGGAUCGUCUGAUGAGGAGGAAGUUUCAACUUCUGACACUCAAGGAACUCUGACAGAAAAGGCUCUACCUGGUGUUGAGGGGGCUGCAGCUGGAGGCAGCACUAGUAGGCGGAUUUUGAGAUUUGUUGACAAGAUUGCCAAGUCGAAGUACUUCCAAAAGGCCACGGAAAAUGAGUACAUAAAAAAGAAGAUCGAAGAAAUGUCCAACACCCCUCUACUGCUUGCGGUGGAAGUACAAGAGCUCUCUGGAACUCUCGCAGUCAACAUUCCUCCUCCCCCCACCGACAGAAUAUGGUAUGGUUUCUGUGGACCUCCGAAGCUUGAUCUAAGAGUCAGACCCAAACUGGGAGAGCGAGAAGUGACUUUCUGUCAUGUGACUGAAUGGAUUGAAAAAAAGCUACAAGAUGAGUUUCAGAAAGUUUUUGUUUUGCCCAACAUGGAUGACAUUUACCUGCCACUAAUGCACUCUGGGAUGGACAACCCGACAGCUUCCCAACAACACCCUGCAAAGCUGUCCCAGCAUUCCUCUGUGGCCUCCACUGACAGGUGUGAUCUGGAACAUACUGCAGAACUACAGUAGUGCCUUCUUGUGGACAGACAUGACAAUACACCGGUAUCAGGAACUCGCUCCUUCAAAAAAAAAAAAAAAAACUACUACGAGUGUAACUUGUAAUCAGCUUCAUUUAAACAUCUCAGCACAGAACAAACUGUCAGUAGCUCCCACACAUGUUCCCUCUUAAUUUAUUAUCUCCCAUCAUCAUGCAUUCCCAUUUCUUGGAAACCCAAAAAAGUUAUUCUUUUCAUACCAGUGGCUUAAAGGGUUAGUUCACCCAAAAAUUAAAAUUCAGUCAUUUAUUACUCACCGUCAUGUCGUUCCACACCCGUAAGACCUUCGUUCAU